AUGUUUCCCAGCUUGCUGACUGUGACCUUAGAUAAAUUGCUUGCCAAGCCCCAGUUCCCAAAUCUGCAAAAUAGCAAGGGGGCCACAGCUGACAGAGGCUGCAGCAUAGAAUCAGGCGCAGGAGCCAAGCUGCUGCUGCUGUGGGUGACAUGCUGCAGACAUGACCAAGCAGACAGUUCCAGCAGGUACACUAAAGUCAUCUAAGUGACCAACAGGGGCCCUAGGUGGGGCAACUGGGCCUGGCAUGAGAUGUGUCCUGAUGGAUUCCUCACCAGCAGGUUCUUGAUCAAGAUCCCCACCCCACAAAGAAUUCCUGGCAACUGUACAGCAAUGAAUGGGAUCAGGCUGCACCACUGCACCCGUGGGAAUGCAAAGCAACACUCAUCAGUGGAGUCCCAGUCUGGUAGGUGGGGUGCAUGGAGCAGGCCGCCGUGGUGUCCCAAAGGGCACUUCCUCGUGGUUUUCUCCUUUCUUGUGGAGGCUCCCAACCCUGGGGACAACAUGGUUGCAAACAAUGCACAUUUCCACUGCUCAGAUGGUGCAGAGCUGGAAGGGCCUGGUCUGGCCUGGGGAGACUUUGGAAAGAGUGAGCCACGUCCAGAAGGCGUAUGUGGCUUGCAGAUCAAGAUUGAGCUGCCCCUGGCUGGUGUUGUUUCUCUUCCGAACCACCAGUGA